GACAGGGCCCAGGGGCCUCGGGGGGUAUCCCCUUGGGGGCCUCAGCUCCUGGGUAAACAUUAAUGGGGCUCGAUACACAGCAGGUCAUGUGCACACUCAGGGGAUCUUUGACCUGCAGCUGCUCCCGCCCUGUGUCUCCUCCCUGCAGGUGCCCCCUCACCACCCACACAGCAGAGAGGGCUGCUCAGGCCUAGGUCUGUCUCUGCCUGAAAUCCAUGCCGAAUUCCCCCAUUGGUGGCCAGGCCCCCCACCCCACUCUGGACACAGUUGACCUGGUGGACCUGAGUCUGAGAAAUGCAGGGAACACCUAUCCCGCCCCAGUCUUGGAGGAAAGGGACACUGACCCCUGGGCCCUCCCUCAGCUGAAGGACACUGGCCAGUCCUGGAAAGAGCUCAGUGUGGCCAGCAGGCUGCGCCGGGUGGUCAUCAGCCUCCUCCAGGCCUGUGGGCUACUUGGCAGCCUGUACUUCUUCAUCUGCUCCCUGGACACCCUCAGCUCUGCCUUCCAGCUGCUGGGCAGCAAAGUGGCUGGAGACAUCUUCAAGGACAACGUGGUGCUGUCCAACCCUGUGGCUGGACUGGUCAUCGGCGUGCUGGUCACAGUCCUGGUCCAGAGCUCCAGCACGUCCUCCUCCAUCGUGGUCAGCAUGGUGGCCUCCCAGUUGCUGACUGUCCAGGCGUCCGUGCCUGUCAUCAUGGGCGUCAACGUGGGCACGUCCAUCACCAGCACCCUGGUCUCAAUGGCCCAGUCAGGGGAACGAAAUGAGUUCCGGAGGGCCUUCAGCGGCUCGGCCGUGCAUGGCAUCUUCAACUGGCUCACGGUACUGAUCUUGCUGCCGCUGGAGAGCAUGGCGGCUGUGCUGGAGUGGCUCAGCGAGCUGGCCCUGGGCACUGCCGGCCUGCAGCCCCGGGUGCAGGCACCCGACAUCCUCAAAGUGCUGACCCAGCCACUCACACACCUCAUCGUGCAGCUGGACACCGGCGUGAUCGUGGGCAGUGCCACGGGCAAGGCCACCAACAGCAGCAUCAUUAAACAAUGGUGCAGCGCGGGAGGGCAGAUGACCCAGGGGAACAGCAGCGGAUGUGGAGCCUUCGGCCCCUGCGCUGAGAGGAACAGCUCCGCCGCCGCAGACAGGCUGCGCUGCGGCCACCUGUUUGCGGGCACGGCGCUCACGGACGCGGCCGUGGGCUGCAUCCUGCUGGCCGGCUCCCUGCUGGUGCUUUGCACCUGCCUGGUCCUCGUCGUCAAGCUGCUCAACUCCGUGCUGCGAGGCCGCGUCGCCCAGGCGGUGCGGACGGUCGUCAACGCCGACUUCCCCUUCCCCUUCGGCUGGCUCAGUGGCUACCUGGCCAUCCUUGUGGGUGCCGGCCUCACCUUCGUUCUCCAGAGCAGCAGCGUCUUUACAGCAGCCAUCGUGCCCCUCAUGGGGGUCGGGGUGAUCAGCCUGGACCGGGCGUACCCCCUACUCCUGGGCUCCAACAUUGGCACCACCACCACCGCCCUGUUGGCCGCCCUGGCCAGCCCAGCAGACAUGAUGCUCAGCGCCGUCCAGGUUGCCCUCAUCCACUUCUUCUUCAACUUGGCCGGUAUACUGCUGUGGUACCUGGUGCCCGCCAUGCGGCUGCCCAUCCCACUGGCCAAGCACUUUGGGGACCUGACUGCCCGCUACCGCUGGGUAGCCGUUGCCUACCUGCUGCUCAGCUUCCUGCUGCUGCCCCUGGCCGCCUUUGGGCUCUCCCUGGCAGGGAGCACAGUGCUGGCCUCAGUUGGGGGUUCCCUGGUGGGGCUAGUGCUCCUUGUCGUCCUUAUCAAUGUCCUGCAGCGGCACCGGCAGGCCUGGCUGCCCCACCGCCUGCGGUCCUGGGCCUGGCUGCCCCUCUGGCUCCACUCUCUGGAGCCCUGGGACCGCCUGGUGAUGCGCUGCUGCCCCUGCAGGGCCUGCAGCCCCGCAGAGGCCACUGACAAAGAUGCCCAUUGCUAUGAGAACCCUGAGGUCCUGGCUUCCCAGCAGCUGUGA